UGUAAACAUCACAGCCUGGCAUGGCAGCCUGCUGUCACAGUACCAGAUUGCUUGUGUUUUAGCUGUGCAAUGCUGUCACCCUAAUGUUUAAAGUACAAAUAGGUUUGUAAGUUAUAUAACUGAAGGCACAAUGGAGAAGAACAUACAAAGUCUACCCAUCGACAUCCAAACCAGCAAACUUCUUGACUGGUUGGUGGACCGAAGACACUGCACGCUGAAAUGGCAGAGUGCCAUGCUCGAGAUUCGGGAGAAGAUCAAUGCGGCCAUCCAAGACAUGCCAGAGAAUGAGGAAAUCAAACAGCUUUUGUCUGGAUCCCACAUUCACUACUUUAAUUGCCUUAGGAUAGUCGAAAUCCUGAAGGGAACGGAAGCCUCUUCAAAGAAUAUCUUUGGCAGAUAUUCAUCUCAGCGGAUGAAGGACUGGCAAGAAAUUAUUUCGUUAUACGAGAAAGACAAUGCUUAUUUGGCUGAGGUGUCGAGCGUGUUGUUCCGUGGCGUGAGCUACGAGGGCCCGGCGCUGCGUCGGCAGGUGGCCAAGGCCCAGCAGCUGCAGCAGGAGCUGAGCCGGCGCGAGGUGGACUGCCAGAACUCCUCCGCCGCCAUGAGGGACCAGUACUACACUGCCUGCAAGCAGUACGGCAUCACGGGUGAUAAUGUGGCCAGAGAGCUCCAGGCGCUUGUGAAGGACCUGCCCACUACUCUGGAGGAGGUUGGGAAGGAUGCAGCCUGCCUAGGGGAGGUCAUCCAGCUCUACUCAGCCUUCGCAGAGUUCGUCUCCGACUGGAACGAGCCUGUGCUGCCUAUGCUGCGGUUCGUCCAGCAGAAAGGCAACGUGACGGCAUACGAGUGGAGGACGGGACAGGAGCCCACGGUCAUCGAGAGGCCAGUGGUGGAGGAGGCCCCCCCAGACACCGUCACGGAGGAAGUGAUUGACUGGGGUGACCUGGGUGCAGGGACAGAGUCCGCUGAUGUGAACUUCGGGAUCACUGUGGAGGAUGGAGUGGACUGGGGCAUCAGUCUGGAGUCUGGUACAGAGGAGGCAGCUGCAGAUGGGAUUGACUGGGGAGAUGGGGGUAGUGUCCCAAUAGAGAUCGAAGUCGUUGACGCAGGAACAGACUGUCCGGAAGGCGUGGCAAGAGGUGAAGACGCUCUAAGCAUCUUGGAGAAGCCACAGACCCGCAGCCAGUUCAUCGACGAACUGAUGGAGCUGGAGGUGUUCCUGAGCCAGCGUCUGGGCGAGAUGGCGGUGGAGGGGGACGUGGUGUCCAUGAGCCAGUUCCAGCUGGCCCCCUCGGUCAUCCAGGCCCAGACGGCCGAGCGCGUGGCGGCCAUGCUGGCGGAGGUGCGCGGCCUGACGGGGCGGCUCACCUCGCUACGCAUGCAGCACCUCUUCAUGAUCCAGGCCUCGCCACGGUAUGUGGAGCGUGUGUCAGAGAUGCUUCGUCAGAAGCUGAAGCAGGCGGACAUCCUGCUGCUGAAGAGGACUAACCUGGCCGAGAGGAGGCAGGAGAGCCUGGAGGAGCAGGCCCAGCUGGAGCCACAGAUAGACCUGCUGGCCACACGCAUCCAGGACCUACGCAAACAGAUUGAAGCAGACAUUUCAAAACGCUACAACAACCGACCAGUCAACCUGAUGGGGGUUCAAGUUUGAGAAGAGUCUGUGUUUCUAUGUCUUAAUAAAUGUUCUAUUUGAUUGUAA